AUGUUCAACGCACGUUGUGAGUCGCUGCACGCCAAGCCGUCCUUCCGCCGCCUGCUGCCCUCUCAGCGCUGCAUUGUGCUGCUGGAGGGAUUCUACGAGUGGAAGAAGGAAGGUUCCAAGAAGCAGCCGUUCUACAUCCACAUGAACGAUGGGAGGCCGAUGGUGAUGGCGGGGCUGUUUGACUGCUGGACCAACGCACAGGGCGAGCGACUAUUCACCUUCACUAUAGUCACAACGGCAUCGUCACAGCGCCUGCAGUGGCUGCACGACCGCAUGCCUGCCAUCCUGCCAUCACAGCACCACGUCGCCGCAUGGCUGCACGGCAAGCUCUCAGGGCCGGACGCCAUCACCCACCUCUGCUCGCCCUACAACCAUCCCGACCUGUUGUGGCACGCUGUGACGCCAGAGGUGGGAAAGCCGGCCUUCAACGGCCCGCAGUGCGUGCAGCCGAUUUCAUUGAAGCCGGCGCUCUCAUCCACCCCAAUCACGCAGCUCUUUGCCCGCAAGAGACAAAAGACGCCACCCACUGAUGCGGUGGGGACAGGAGGGGUAGACAAGCAGGAAGCGGAGGCAGGAGAAGGUGCAUUGGAAGAAGGGCACAGAGUGAAGGGCGAGGAGGGAGGCAGUGGAGAGGAGAAACAGCUGGCUGGGGUGCAGGAAGCACCGGUGGAGGCUGGGGCAGGGGCUGAUGAGGGUGAUGGGGCGAGUGAGGAGCAAGCAAAGGGUGGUUCCAGUGCCAAUGAGACACAAGAGGGUGCUGGUGAGCAACGCAGUGAGAGAGGCGUGGUUGAAGAGCUGCUCCCUGUGACCCCUCUUCCCCAGGAUAUGCGUGCCCACGCGUCUCAAUCUUCCACGCAGUCCGAGCAGCACCCACCAGCUCCUGCUUCUGCUCCCCCUGUUGCUGCGACCGUCAUUCUUCCAAGGGCGAGCCCGGUUGUGGAAGCCACGACGGCAUCAGAGGGCGGCUCGAGCGAGAGACGAACAGACGCGGGCCUUGCGGGGGAGCGACCCGCGCAGUCCGCGCGAGGGGACGGAUCGGCGCGGAGGCCAGCAGCGGAAUCCAGAGAGACGGGCGCACAGGAGAGAAAAAACGAGUUAAGUGACGACGACAGGGCGGAGGCGAAGGAGGAAGCAGGUUUGGAGAUGGAAGAGGAGGAGGAGGAGGAGGACAGCUUUCUUGCGCACUGGUCGUGGGCGGGGUGGGUGCGCGACGUCGUCGAGCUGCGCUUCCUCGAAGACGAGACCGCCGUCCGCCGCCCCAUGCCGCCACUUCCGCCCCAAUACCCCGCGUCCGCGCGAGCGAGCGCGCGCGAGAUACUGGUGGGGGACGCGGGGUACGUGCGCGCGCUGGGGGAGGUGGCACGGUGGUGGGCGGAGAGCUGGCGCGUUCCGCUGCAGUACGAGUACGACCCUGCUGACGUGGCACACUACUUCAACCGCCGUCCGCACAUCGUGCUGCUGCGCACGCUCAAGAUCUCGGUGCUGCUGGCAGCGACGUGGGUGCAGGUGGCGAGGGACACGGGCGCCAUACGGGCGAGGGAGGCGGGGGGGGUGAGUGCGGGGGACGAGCGCAUCGCAGCCAUCCGCCAGCACAGCGCGCUCAAGCUCAAGCGCACGCUGCUGCGCCUCGGCCCCACCUUCAUCAAAGUGGCGCAGUCGCUGUCAGCGAGGCCGGACGUGGUGGGGCCAGACACUGCCAAGGUAUUGGCGGAGCUGCAGGACCGUCUACCAGCGUUCCCAUCAGAGGACGCUAUGUUGGUGAUCGAGAGGGAGCUGGGCCGCCCCGCUGCCGCGCUCUUCCCCCUCCUCUCGCCCACGCCCGUCGCUGCUGCCUCGUUUGGCCAGGUGUACAAGGGGCGCACGCGGGACGGCAUGCGAGUGGCGGUGAAGGUGCAGCGGCCCAGAGUGCUCUUCCUGGUCGCCCGAGACAUCCACAUCCUGCGCAUGCUGCUGCGGGCAGUGAGGAGGGUGGCGGGGAUAAACACGGACCUGGCAGCAUUAGCGGACGAGUUUGGGAGGGGGCUGUAUGGCGAGCUGGACUACCGUCACGAGGCCACCAACGCCACCCUCUUCGCUAAAGCCCACGCGCAUCUCCCCGGCAUCACAGUCCCCGCUAUACGGUCAGACCUGACCUCCCGGCGAGUGCUGACGAUGGAGUGGGUGGAGGGCGAGCACACCAGCGACCUGCUCGCCCAGGCUCAGGGCGUGCUGGGGGCCGCUGGUGGGGAGGAGGCACGGCAGCGCGCCAAGCAGAAGCUGCUGCGCAUGGUGGGCAUAGGCGUGGAGUCAUCAUUGGAGCAGCUGCUGGUCACGGGAGUGCUGCACGCCGACCCGCACCCCGGCAACCUGCUGCUCACUCCACAAGGCCAAGUCGCCUACCUGGAUUUUGGUCUCUUGUGUCGCAUGGAGAGGCAGCACCAGCAGGCCAUGCUGGCAGCGGUGGCGCAUCUGGUGAACGGCGAGUGGAGCAUGCUGGCUGCCGACCUCGCUGCCAUGGAUGUGCUCAAGCCCACCACCGACCGCCGCGCCCUCACCAUGGCAUUGGAGGAGGCGUUUGGUCGUGGCCGGCAGAGAGGAGCCGCCUCAGGAGGCGCCCCCACCAUGCAGUUCGGACAGGUGACGAGUGAGCUAUGGCGCAUGGCGCUGCGCUUCCGCUUCCGCCUCCCCCCCUACUACACCCUCGUUCUGCGCUCCCUCGCCUCCCUCGAAGGCAUCGGCGUGGCAGUGGACCCGUCCUUCCGAGUGUUCGCCUCAGCCUACCCCUACGUGGUGCGCCGUCUCCUCACUGACAGCUCACCCUCGUCGCGCCACGUGCUGCGCCAGCUCGUCCAAACACGAGAGGGCAAGCUACGGUGGGAGCGAUUCGCCUCCUUUGCUGCCAGCUCCACACAAGCCCAGCGCGACCUGGUGGCAUCACUGGCCAUGCCGUCGCUGCAAUCCCCCAUCCCCGGCAUGCCCCCCAUGCCCGGCGCCUCCCCCCUCUCCUCCUCUGCCGCCACUGCUGGCGCCGCCUCUCCCCGCGCCACGCCCAGCCCGGCCGCGCUGGUGAUGGAUGUGCUGCUGUCCAGACACGCUGCCAGCGCCAGGAGGGUCAUCCUUGAGUCGGACAUGCGUGCACUGGCAGAGGCGUUUGUAUCCCCAGAAGCAGAAGUGGCACGGGACAAGCUGGCACGCGUGGUGGCAGACGCGCUGUGCGCCUCACUGGGAGUGGCCCAGCUGCCCCUCGACGCCAUCACUGCCUCCCAGCUCUCCUCCUCGCCCACCCGCCUCCUCGCCCCCUCCCCCCCGCCCCCCCCGCCUGCUGCCGCUCUGGGCUUUGCCAAUCAGAGACAGCCACCUGGCAGUGUGGGAGUGGCUGGUGUGUCCAGGAGUGAGAGUGGGUACGAGAGUGGGAGUGGGAGUGGGAGUGAGAGUGAGUGGGAGGAGAGGGAGGGGAGGGCGACAGCAGCGGAGGCGGUGGCGAGGAGGAAGCGGCUGUGGCUGUUGCUGGGAGCAGCGUUUGGGCGCAUGGGCGGCAGUGUGGUGCUCAAGGUGAGGGUGGUGCUGGCAGCGCUGGCUGUGCUGCUUGCUGCACUAGGCAUGGCGUUAAAGAGAGUGUUGGUGGAUGCAGCAACACGCUUUAAGCGCCUCACCUCCCAUUGGCUGCCCUCUCAAGACGACCCCACGGCUGACCAGCCUGCUUAUGCCACGUAG